UGUCAGGUAGUACCUGCGUUGUCUGCAGGUGUGUGUCCUGUGCACCUUGAGCGUUCAACUCCCCAGGCUUUCGGGAGCAGGUCGUUGAGGAGAGGUCCUGAAGGAGCGGCCCGGAAUUCGGAAGAAAGAGCGACGCAAGCGCCUGACGGCAGGACUGUGCGGGUGAAGAGGGCAACCCCGGCGGACUGCGAGCCGGGACGCCGGCCGCCCCGGCUGGCCACGCCAUGCUCGGUGCCUGGCGUCUCCUCGGCGCUCUGCGCCUCUGCUCCUCUGUUUCCUGCCCCAGGCCCCGCGCGUCUGCCAAACUGCGCGUGCGGGACGCCCUCGGGGUACAGGACGCGAGUGGGGAGUGCGUAACGGUGCAGGGAUGGGUCCGUUCAGUCAGAUCCCAGAAGGAAGUUCUGUUCCUGCAUGUAAAUGACGGCUCCUCUUUGGAAAGCCUUCAGGUUGUUGCUGAUUCAAGCUUUGAUAGUAGAGAAUUGUCUUUUGGGAGUUCUGUGCAAGUCCAAGGGCAACUGGUCAAAAGUCUAUCCAAAAGGCAAAAUGUGGAACUGAAGGCAGAAAAAAUUGAGGUUAUUGGAAAUUGUGAAGCCAAGGCAUUCCCUAUAAAAUAUAAGGAGAGGCAUCCCCUGGAGUACCUGAGACAGUAUCCUCACAUGAGGUGUAGGACUAAUACUCUAGGUUCAAUAUUGCGGGUUCGCAGUGAAGCUACAGCUGCUAUUCAUUCCUACUUUAAGGACAAUGGCUUUGUGCACAUUCAUACACCAGUAAUCACAUCCAAUGACUGUGAGGGAGCUGGAGAGCUUUUCCAAGUGGAGCCUUCAAGCAAAAUAAAGGUACCCGAGGAAAAUUUCUUCAAUGUUCCUGCUUUCUUAACUGUCUCAGGACAACUUCACCUAGAAGUGAUGUCAGGAGCUUUUACCCAAGUAUUUACCUUUGGUCCAACAUUCCGAGCUGAGAAUUCUCAAAGCCGAAGACACCUGGCAGAAUUUUAUAUGGUUGAAGCAGAGAUUUCUUUUGUUGAAAGCCUUCAGGAUCUCAUGCAGGUUAUGGAGGAACUCUUCAAGGCUACCACUGAGAUGGUUCUCUCAAAUUGUCCUGAGGAUGUUGAACUGUGUCACAAAUUCAUAGCUCCUGGUCAGAAGGACAGACUAGAACAUAUGCUAAAAAACAACUUCCUAAUCAUUUCUUAUACAGAGGCAGUUGAAAUCUUAAAGCAAGCACCCCAGAACUUCACCUUGUUUGUGGGCUGGAGGAUACUGCCAAACAUGGCGAUAUGGGGUGUUGAUCUACAGACUGAACAUGAGAAGUACCUGGUGAAACACUGUGGCAACAUCCCAGUCUUUGUCAUUAACUACCCGUUAGCACUCAAGCCUUUCUACAUGCGGGAUAAUGAAGAUGCUCCUCAGCACACAGUUGCUGCUGUUGAUCUUCUGGUCCCUGGAGUUGGGGAGCUCUUUGGAGGAAGCCUCAGGGAGGAACGGUACCACAUCCUAGAGCAUCGACUAGCCAGAUCAGGACUUAGGAAAGCCUACCAGUGGUACCUGGACCUUCGUCAGUUUGGAUCAGUGCCACACGGAGGCUUUGGAAUGGGAUUUGAACGUUACUUACAAUGCAUCCUAGGAGUUGACAACAUCAAAGAUGUUAUCCCUUUUCCAAGAUUUACUCAUUCCUGUCUUCUGUAGCUGAAAGAUUGCUUGAGUAAAAGAACUCUACAGCAAGGACUCUGCACAUGAGUACAUAGCAAAGACUGUGGCAAGGACUCUGCACAUGAGUACAUAGAGAAGACUGGGUGUUUGCAUUUUAGAAAUGUGGCUUUCAGUGUGCAAUUCUUGUGCUGUGAGGGAUAAUAUAUGAAAAAUAGUAAUGGUCUCUGUUUUCUUAAAGAGUCAAAGGUUUUGCAUGGACAGAUAAACUCCCCCAAGAAACUAUUCAGAGCAAGUGGACUUUCAAGUCUGUUACCUCAAUUAAAGUGGAGGAGGGAGGGAGAAGAAGUAGCUGGGCCUGUUGGCCAGCUGCUGGAGAAGCUGGCACAGGAGAGUAACUUGAGCCUGGAUAACAUCUCAAAGAAGAAGAGAGGAAGACAUUGCAGUGCAGGGUUUUGAAGUUCUUCCCAGACUCUAAGACAGGGUGGGAAUGUUUUACCUUGCUCUGUCUUUGCUCAGUAGCUUACUUCCCCUUGUAUUUUUUUAAAACAACUAGUGGCCAAAAAUAAGAUAAUGUUGGCUCUUUUCUCCUUUGCCAUUUAUGCCACAAUAAAUGCCAGUCUUGUUCUCUGUGCUUUACUCAA